CUUUCACAUUUUGGAUGCCUCUGGUCUUUUCCCGGAGCUACAGUCGGUAAAAGGGUGAUUGACACAGUGUUAGCAGCAGCAAUAAAGCCAUGAAGACCGUUACUUGGAUGUUUCUCAUCAUACCUCUAAUAUUUGCAUCCCAAGAGACUCUUUACCUGAAGAAGCUCGAAGGGGAAUCUGCGCUUUUCGUGUGUGCGUCUGAAGAGACGGGCAGCCAUCCAAUUGGCUUGUACCUGAAACGCGAGUGCACAGGGCCCGAGAGAGAGGUGAUGUUUUUCUCGGAGUCCGGACCAGAGGGGAAGCCUGAAGACAAAGAGCGCAUCCAGGUGCUGGGAGAUCUGAGCACGAUCCCCGUAAAUGUGACCAUCUCGCAGCUGGAGCGCCGAGACUCCGGCUUGUACUUCUGCGAAUUCGUCUACGCCGGCGAAAGUGAGGACAGAGUCAUCAGAGGAAAGGAAGAAUUCUUUCUGUUUGUCGACACAGUGAAGAUUCACGAAGGCCUCCAGUGCGGCUGUCAGAAUUACCCCCCUCUGUUGUAUGCCAUCUCUGCGGCUGUCGGCCUGCUCCUCCUCAUCCUCCUCGGCCUGGCCGCGUCGCACUGCGGUAAGCAGUGCAAGCGUAGCAAACCGCAAAAACCGGUUCCCAUAUACGAGGAAAUGAAUGCGAGGCAGCCAGCUAACGGAAAAGCCCCCCGUCGCCACCUGGACCCCGCGUAUCCGGAGGAAGCAGACGCCUCCGUGUACAUCAACCCUCAAAUCAAGCACCGGCAGGAAAACCACUACGUGAACCCCCGGGAAAAACAGCCGGAUUCGGGAGCCGGUGCCACCGCAACGGAGGACAGCCAGUAAAGAGCGACCGCGGACCGUUUCGGCUGUCCAAAUGACAUCGCAGCAGCUGCCCUCUCAGGUGCCCUCUCCUCCCGGCCAUAAAACAGACGAGCUGGUUCACCCUCCUGACUGAACUGGAUCAUAAACAAAGCACUGUGGGCGACGCCAUCCAGAUCGUAUUUACAGAGGCGGAGUGGGAAAAAAAAUAGAUUCACCUUUCAUUCUGGCUCCCGUGUGUCACCCGGUGCUGCUCACCAGCUCAAUCGAGAUGACUGUUCAGAAGUGUCAGGCUUGACUAAUAUGCCUAGCUUGAAAAAUACGCAUAAAGUUACGAUGCUUUUUUAACAAAAAAUGAAAAAAGAAAUUAAUGAGAAAAAAAUGUGUGGGAAUGCGCAAAAGAAAAGUAGUUUGAUCCCUGCUCACCAGCUCAAUCGAGAUGACUGUUCAGAAGUGGCAGGCUUGACUAAAAUGCUUAGCUUGAAAAAUACGCAUAAAGUUAUGCUUUUUUUUAACAAAAAAUGAAAAAAGAAAUUCAUGAAAAAAAUGUGUGGGAAAAUUGUAUCAGUAUUGGGGUCUUAUUGAAUUUUAUUUUUUCAGUUAAAUGUAUUUUUCAUGAUAAAUUAGUUACAUUUCCAUGCUAUUCUGUUGUUGAAUUUUAUUUAGAUUGUGUUGUAGACCCUUUAUUUUUAAUAAAAAUGUGACUCAGGUUGGAAUUAGAGUUUGUUUUAGAAUUACAGUUAAGAGUUAGCGUUAGAGUAAGGCUAGUGAUAAGGGUAGCACAAAAUGUAUGGUCUUAGUAGCUCUUAAUAAAGGAAACACUGGUCACACCACA